UUCACUAUUGAGCCCAAGAUAUAAAAUGCAUCGGUCCAAAUUCAUGUUCAAUUAAGCUCAAUAAGGCCCACACGUGCUGUCAAUUUUUGCAUCGGCUUCAUUUUUUCAGCUCCACUCUCUCCCUCUCUCUCCGACAGACCUAAAUUCGCAUUUUCAUCAGACCCUGAUUGUAACGCUAGGUUUAGAGUAGUGAGUCACGCGAUGGAUGAAAAUGAAGUUGGAGGUGGAGGUGCUGGCUACGUUGGAGAUCCGAGCGAGCAGUUCCACCGAAACGAGGCGAUCUCCGCUGUGGCUGACGAUGGUUUUCUUGGCGAGGAGGAUGAUGACUAUGAGGAUCUUUACAACGAUGUCAAUGUUGGUGAGAACUUCCUGCAGUCUCUGCGUAGGAAUGAGGAUAACCUAGCGCACAGGAACGAGGAAGUGCAAGACAACAAGCCAAACGUGGCCCAGCCUCCACCCCCUCCGCAGCCGCAACCACAAACAAUGGUGGAGGGUGGUAGUGUGGGUUUACCGGAUGAGGGAGCUUCAUCUAGGAUUCCUGGUAGGGUGGAGGGGUUUCAGAAUGUGGGAUUUAGAGGAAAUACUAAUCCAAGUGACGUGGGACUUGGUAGAGGUGUGGGAGGGCUAGUUACUGGUGGUGGGGGUGGAUUUAGAGUUGAGUUAGGGCAGUCAACGAAUAAAAUAGCUGAUUUGGAAGAGCGGGUAGUAAACAACAAUAUUCCUAAUAAUCAACAAAUGGUUCAUCAUCAGCAGUCACAUGCAGCUAAUAUAGGGACAUAUGAUAAUGCUAGGAAUGUGGGGAAUAUAAAUGGGUCUGGUGGCAAUGUGUAUGGAGCUGAUGGUUUGGGUGGAGGGCCUGUUGUUGGAGGUGAUGGAGCAGUUGGAGGUGGGAGUGGGGGUGGUGGUGGGGGUGGAGGGACAAUUCUCUUUGUCGGUGACCUGCAUUGGUGGACAACAGAUGGUGAACUGGAAGCAGAACUGUGCAAGUAUGGGCCAGUAAAGGAGGUAAAGUUCUUUGAUGAGAGAGCUAGUGGAAAGUCCAAAGGAUACUGUCAGGUUGAAUUCUUUGAUCCUGGAGCUGCCACUGCCUGCAAGGAAGGAAUGAAUGGCCAUGUUUUCAAUGGGCGACCCUGUGUUGUUGCUUAUGCCUCACCAUAUACUGUUAAACGAAUGGGUGAGGCUCAGGUUAAUAGAAAUCAACAGCAGAUGGGUGGGACCGCUGUUAACCAACCAAGGAGAGGCCCUGGGGAUUUACCUAGUAAACCUGGUGGAGUUGGUAAUAAUAUACCUGCUGGUGGGAAUCACCAUGGUGGUGGUGAUAAUAACGGUAGAGGCUUUGGGAGAGGAAACUGGGGUAGAGGAAAUGCUCAAGGAGGGAUUAAUAACAGAGGCCCAGUUGGCCCAAUGAGGAAUAGAGCUGGUGGAAUGGCUGGUCGUGGCUUAGCAGGUAAUGGAUUUGGUCAGGUUGGUGGAGCCCCUCCGAUGAUGCAUCCUCAAACUAUGAUGGGCCAAGGUUUUGAUCCUGCUUUUGCAGGUCAUAUGGGGAGAAUGGGUGGUUAUGGGGGAUUUCCUGGUGCUCCUGCAGCACCCUUUCCGGGCAUCUUAUCUUCCUUUGGGCCUGUUGGAAAUGUCGGUUUGCCUGGUGUAGCUCCACAUGUUAAUCCGGCGUUCUUUGGAAGGGGAAUGCCCUUGGGUGGCAUGGGGAUGGUUCCCACUCCUGGAGUUGAGGGGCCUAAUAUGGGAAUGUGGUCAGAUCCUAAUAUGGGAGGAUGGGCAGGAGAUGAGCACGUAGGGAGAGCAGGGGAAUCUAGUUAUGGGGAAGAAGCUACAUCGGACCAUCAGUAUGGGGAAGGGAGUCAAGAGAGGGGGCCGUGGCCAAAUGCCAUGAAGGAUAAAGACAGAGGGUCAGAGAGGGACUGGUCUGGCUCUUCCGAAAGAAGGUACAGAGAUGAUAGGGGAACUGGGUAUGAAAGAGAUGCGCCUAGAGAGAAAGAUGCUGGACAAGAUCAUGAUUGGUCAGAAAGGAGACAUCGCGAUGACAAAGAUGUCGGGAGAGACAGGCAAAAAGAGCGUGACAAGGAUCGUGAGCGUUCCCUAGACCAUGACCGUGGUGGCCGUGAACGUGAAAGAGAACGCCAUAGAGAUGAUAGAGACAGAUAUGCUGAUCAUCACAGGCACAGAAAUCGUGAGGCAGAAUAUGAUGAUGAUUGGGACAGGGGAAGAUCAUCAAGAUCCCAUGGAAAGUCAAGGGUAUCUCAUGAGGAAGAGCAUAGAUCACGAUCAAGGGAUGCUGAUUAUGGGAAGAGGCGACGUCUGACCUCCGAGUAACUCUAAUGUCUUGCAGAGUAACUUGAAGAUACUGCUUCUCUUCUUGCUAUAUGCCAUUGUGAUGGUAUGAUUUUCCGGUGAAAGCUGUUCGGCUGAAGUCUGAAAUCUAGCAAACAGCAGAUGGGGGCAUGAAGCUUCUACUUAGGAGAGGAUGAGAUGGCAUGGUGACACCUCUUAGUAUUUGCUAGGCGGAUCCUUUUAUUUAGCUGUCAGACAUUUCAUUUACGUUUAAAUUUGAAUGUGUCUUUAACAAAUCAAUGUUGUGGAUUGAUUGGUUGAAAUGCUGAAGUCUUGUCUGAGACAGUGUGGAUAUUUGAGAAUGUAUUGUUGUAUGAAUGUGAUGUAAUAGAUUAAAAGACUUAGGAUGUUCCCAUUUGCCCCAUAUUUUGUUUUGAAUUUUCUACAUGUAACUCUUUACCCCUGUUU